GGAAGUAUUUUAAACAUACGGUCAAGUGGGAGGAGGAAGUAUUGGGUAUAUAUAUAUAACAAUAAGGAUACCGGCUAUCGUUAAACGCCGUAGAAGAAGAAACAAAGGGAAGAAGGAAAAACGGUGGAAUGCUAAUUUAUUGCCGAUUAAAUGGCGAAUUUCGUACAUGUUGAGUUUAAGCGGCGAAAAAUAACAUGAAAUAGUGAUGUGAGCUGGAAACUACCAUCUGCACCAUGAAUCUAAGAGGACUCUUCCAGGACUUCAAUCCCAGUAAGUUUCUGAUCUACUCGUGCCUGCUGCUCUUCUCGGUGCUGCUGUCCUUGAGGCUGGACGGCGUCAUUCAGUGGAGCUACUGGGCCGUGUUCACGCCAAUAUGGCUGUGGAAGCUGCUGGUGAUCAUCGGGGCCUCUGUGGGCACCGGAGUCUGGGCUCACAACCCCCAGUACAGGGCAGAAGGGGAGACAUGCGUGGAGUUCAAGGCCAUGGUGAUUGCCGUGGGGAUCCACGUGCUGCUGCUGAUGUUCGAGGUGCUGGUGUGUGACCGUGUGGAAAGGGGAAGCUACUUCUGGCUGCUUGUCUUCCUGCCGCUCUUCUUUGUGUCACCGGUCUCUGUCGCCGCCUGUGUCUGGGGCUUUAGACACGACCGCUCCCUCGAGCUGGAGGUUCUGUGCUCAGUCAACAUCCUGCAGUACAUCUUCAUCGCUCUGAGGCUCGACAGAAUCAUCAACUGGCCCUGGCUGGUGGUCUGUGUCCCACUCUGGAUCUUGAUGUCCUUCCUGUGCCUCGUUGUCCUUUAUUACAUCAUCUGGUCGGUCCUCUUCCUCCGCUCCAUCGACAUCAUCGCUGAGCAGCGGAGAACUCACAUCACCAUGGCGAUCAGCUGGAUGACCAUCGUCGUGCCACUUCUCACAUUUGAGAUCCUGCUGGUGCACAAGUUAGACGGUCAUAACAGUCUGAGCUUCGUCUCCGUCUUCAUCCCUCUCUGGCUGUCCCUCAUCACGCUCAUGGCCACCACCUUUGGCCAGAAGGGCGGCAACCACUGGUGGUUUGGAAUCCGUAAAGAUUUUUGUCACUUCCUUUUGGAGCUCCUCCCCUUCCUGCGGGAAUAUGGUAAUGUCUCCUAUGACCUCCAACACAGUGAGGACCCAGAGGCGGUUGAGGAUCUGCCUGUCCCCGAGCCGCCCCCCAAGAUUGCCCCCAUGUUCCACAAGAAGACUGGGGUGGUGAUCACACAAAGUCCGGGGAAGUACUUUGUCCCGCCACCUAAACUCUGCAUCGACACGCCCGACUAAGGCAUGUAAGGGUUUUUUUUUUCCUUUUCUUUUUCUUUUUUUAGCCAUUUGGGUGAUUGUUGACAUUCUGACUCACGUUCCAGGGAAUCUGACCACACAAGCAUCUGAGGCCAAUGUGAUCAGAGAAUCUGAAUCUGUGUGUGGACUUCAGUUUGUGACUCAGAUCUUAGGUUCAAGUUGCCUACAUUUACUUGCUGUUGGGACCAUUUGAGAGAAUCUCCAGUUGGAUUCCGUGGACCCCUGUGGAUUCUGCAGGCCCACAACACUGGACAUGGCGCUCUUAUAACCCGUUCCAUGGGGAGACUUUGUUUUUGUAAACAAGACAAACUGUCAGAUUCGGGACCAGAGCGGAGACUGUUGAGUUUAAAGUUUGACAACAAGCUGAAAAAACCCCCCACUAAUAUCAACAUAAGAGUUAACUAGCAAAAUGGGUAAUUACAGCUACAUACGAGCUCCUGUGGUUAAAAACUGUUGGUGACACUGGCGUCAACGGUCCGGAUACAGUCUGUGAGCAUCCCAAAACCAGGUCUGGGUUUUGUUGCCUUUUUAAUGCCUUAGACCAGAGCUUUUCCCUGUCGGGGAUACCUCAUCUUUCUCUCCCUGCUUUACCCACAGCUGACUGCCUCAGUCAGAGGAGCCGGGUUGGGCUUUAAAAAAUGUUGGAGUGCUUUCGUAAAAGCUUUAGUACUUGAGAGCGUAAAAAUCAUUAAAGUAAAUAACUUGUGAAUUAAAAAGUGGGAAAAAAUUUAGGUAUUGUACUUAUCGCAGUGUUUCCUGCAAAAUAUUUUUCUAAAAACACUUCCCAGGGAAGGAAUAUUUAUUACACGGCUUUCAUUUGGCGUCCACGUCAAAAAUGAUCUAAAAUUGGGACUUUGGUAGAUUGUAGAUUUUAUUGGAUGUUACACGCCAGCAAAAUUUGUGCUCGAUCUCACAAUUUUUCUUCACGAUUGACGUCUCCUUUACAGAAAAAAAAAACAACAAAAAAAAACCCAAUUUGGUCUGGUUUAGCGGUGGGCGGUGCUCCUGGAUCGUGUGUGGGGGCAAAAAACCCUUCAGUAUGUCAACACGUGGAUGUCAGUUUUCCAUUACAGGAUGUUUAAAAUACUCUGCCACGGAUAUAAGCUUUUUAUUUUUUUAUUACCCCAACAAUCUCAGCGCUCUUUCCAAAAGCUAAUUAGAAGUCGGGACUUGAUCUGAGCACAAUGUGGCUUUAGCUGUUAAAAAAAAAAAAAAGGCGGUGGGGGG